CUGAGAAGUUGGCACUUGGCAGUGGCUUCUAGGUUUCUGAAUACUGAAUAGUUGCACCUUGUUAUGACAGUUCAAAAUGUUUGACGUAAUUGAAUAUCCCAGGAGUUGUGAAUUGCGGUCGGUAAUACGGUUUUUGUUGGCUAGGCACAAUAAACCAAUUGAGAUUCAUCGGCAACUUUGUGAAGUUUAUGGGAACAAUGUAAUGAGUGAAGGUGUAGUGCGUAAGUGGUGCGUCCAGUUUAAAAAUGGAAGAACCAAUGUUCAUGAUGAGCGUCGCAGUGGUAGGCCUAGUCUUGUUAGUGAUGAAUUGGUGGCGAAAAUCCAAAAAACAAUCCGUGAAAAUCGUCAUUUCACUAUUACGGAACUUUCAGAACAUUUCCCCCACAUUUCACGUUCUCUAGUUCAUGAAAUUUUGGUUAAUAAACUUGGUUAUCACAAAUUUAGUGCGAGGUCCAGUGAAGAAGAAGAAGAAGAUCUGAACUCAAUAUUCCUGCUGAUGACUACAAGCGCAAGCAAGGAAGUGAAGCAUUUUCGAUCAAGCCGAAGUCGUCUGUUGACGGUGCAGAAAAGCUGCAGGGAGGAAUCUAUAUGCAGAAAAAUGGAAUUAUAAAGUCCAAGCAAAAGGAAAAACUAUAUGAUAAUGAAGUGGAAAGCAAGAAGCGGAAGACAACCAAAAGUGAUCCUAAAAAAGGUGUUUGGAAGAAAAAGACUACAGCUGCCACAGUUGGAGAUAGGGAUAGAAUUACGGAGGAGAAAAAGGACUGUGAUGAGUCUAUCGACAUUGAAGAGUCUGAUGUUUACAUUAAACAGGAACCAGAAAUCGACGUAAUGGUGAACUGCGAUGAAUCGUCAGAUCCUUCGAUGACUUUCCAGACAACAUUCGUUGGGCACAAACAAGAACAGAUUGAUGGUAUCAAACCUCCAGUCAUCACAGUAUCAUUCCUCCACUCCUAUGAACCUGAGACCAUAGUUCCUGAAAUUGUUCCUGUAGUUAUAAAGUCAGAACCCAUGGAAGAGGAGGAAGAGACGACUUCUGUUGCUGCAGAUGAUACCUCCAAGGAUGAUGAGGAUGGAAGUGAUGUGGCAGAGUAUUCAGGAACAAGUACAAGAUGGAAUCGCACGCAAGGCAGAAGCAUUCACAGAGUGAUGAGAUAAAUGGAGGAAAUCUAGUAACUAUGAAGGAAGAAAAUAAAAAAUCCACAUUUGGGCUUAUCUUUGGAUACAUUUCUGACUCCAGUGGUCUCAACUAACACGGUAACAGCAGCCAACUGGUCAGUGUUGCCAACACACAAUUUGCUCCCAGCGAUGACCUCUCUGUCCUCUACCAAGGUCAUCACUGCACCGAUAAACUCACAGACCGGAGACCCCUCGUGAACAAAGAAGUAGUAUUUGGUAAUGAUCCCCACACAGUCCACGGCUACAGUCGGGGAUGUGACGGGGGUGAGGCCUCCACAGCCUUCACUUCUCCCUGUCCUAGUUCCGAGUCCCACUCUAUCCCUCUCUCCUUCCCCCACCUCACCCCAGGUCACACCUCCCCUCGAGCCCCCCUCGACGGACAGUUCAGAGACUCUCACCAUCGCUUGUCUCAGUUCGACGAGAGAACCAGCCGAAGUCUUGAGGUUGGACUCAAGAAGAAAAUUUUGGAAUUGUUGGAUGUUGUAGAGAAACGUAAACUCAACCCAGAUAACCUAGCUAUAGUGUAUUACAAUAGUGACAAGAACAGAUCGGUACCUGAUGAGGAGGGCGACUUGGAUGUGGAGGCACCCUCAGCAAAGAAGAGAAAAAGUGGAAAGAAUGCCAAAAGAUAAUUUCAGAAACAUUAAUCAAAUACAAAGCAUCAAUGUGAUACAUUUUAUAUAAUUUAAAAUUUAUGAGAAAAUAAAGUAUAAACUGUUUUGUUCUGUCACCAAUUUAAAUUAUAUUUAAUCUACCAGAAAAUACAACAAUUUUUACAACUCUUUGCUGACAGUUUUAACCUGUCUUGCUUCUUGAUUUUUCCAAUUAGAAUUUCAGCAAUAGUCUGUAGUUACUUUAUUGGUAUUGGUAAUGGUAAAAUGUUGUUAAAAGCGUUGUGUAUAGAUUCUUCCUAAUGGGUACAGAACCUAUCUCUAAUGAAUAGUUCUUUAUUUUCUGUGUUUUCUACUGCAAUUUUCACAAAAUUGUUUAGAAUAUCUUUUUUUAUAGGGUUAUUGCUCUAAUUAUUACUUGAUGAUGAUACAGAUCGUAAUUACUGAUAGGCUUCACACAACGUCACCUGACACUUGGGACUCUUUUGCAUAGCCAAUGAAAAUUGAGUAACUAUCUCAUGCUGAUUGAUGGUUUAACCCUUUGGAGACCAGUCAAUAUGUCAUCAUCAACAAUUACAUUAUCGUAAAAACACUGACAACAUUGUUGGUAUUAAAUAACAUGAUUAAACCAGCUGAUGGUGCAUUAAAUAUGUAGGUAUAUUCAAAUAACUUUUUAAUAAUAAAUAUAGUUCUUUUUUCGAAAUUUUAGGUCUCAGUUUUGGUCUAUGAACGCUUAGUGACCAUAAUUUUUACCUGCAUAAAAAUUGGGGCAAGGGCUUAACUUUAUUCAUUCAUUACAUUGUUAUUACCAAAAAACUAAAUAUGUAAAACAGAAAUUCUCAAAAAUGUAGUUACGCAUCUUUUUAUGUUCUCAAUGAAUUACGGGUUUGUAUGAAAUCAAAUAAAGUUUCCACUUUUAUUUACUGAGGAGGUUUCUGGUUAUAUAAUUCUGGAAAAAAAUUGAAUCUUUUAGACAAGAAUUUUUGUCUUGUCUCCAAAGGUUACCUAAUAUUACAGUAGAAUAUAUUUUUUCUGGAGGUAAAUACCACUCUUUUAUGUAUUUGACUUAUAAAACUCAUUUACUGUAAUGUACAUAUGAACAUAAAAUUUAUUCAGUGUAACAUACUGUAAAUAUACAUUGUAAUGUAAUUCAUAAUGAAUACUGUAAAUAAUUGUAAAUAAAGUUUGUUACAUUUGUUAUUAUGAGA